AUGCCUUCUGUUGCUCUUCUCUUCACCCUCCUGUUAGCUCUUUCCGUCGACGCAUGCAAUGCGCGGCAUCUAAGGAUGCAUGCCAAAGAUCCAAGCAGUCGGUACAAUGAAUCCAGCAAGGUUUCUGCGAAGGUGAUUCCGGAUGAGAAUUCAGUCCAUGGAAAUCCCGCAGAGUCGACGUCCUCGGAAGGUGUUGCACUCGAGAAGAAACAAGGCUUCUCGACUGUUGAACGCACAGAGGACGUCAAGGGGAAGAACGAACGCGUCUCAGGUGCCCUUCAAGCCUCCACGCUCGUUAAGGUUACAUGGCCUGUGCCUCGAGGUGGAGCAAAGGAGCAUCCAGGGUUUGAUGCGGAUUACGUUGGACCGACGACCAAUCCCCCCUCUCACAACUGA